UCUUCACUUUGUGGUGAGGUCUUUUUGCGCGUUGCUGGCUUUGCCCGAACUGAGAUCCGGUUUUCUUCAGACUCUGAAGCCUGAACCAGAGCAGCCUUUUAUACCGAAGCCUUGAAACAAGCGCUUAUUGCCCCGAAACCAAUUGAGGGCACGAGAGAGCAGAAUCCCUUCGGGAGGUGAGCAGUAAACUCUUUGGAGAGUUGUAUAGUUACUAUUAUUUAUUUGUACUGACUGAAAUCACAAGGCUACGAGAGGACAGAGGAGCAAUUCUUGGCACGAAAAACGGACCAGGAAGGGACUUGUCCUUGCCGGCCGAGAAAGCUGAACGACAACUCCAGAAGAGGUGACAACUGAAAACCUGUCCUUGGUUAAGAACUCGAUUGGCACUGCAGUUACUCCGGUCAGUAUCUUCGAUGGUGAACGAUCACCGGCGCGAUGGUGAGCCUUCGGUAGCCGACCAGACAGCUGCCGAGUGUCACCGCUUGUCACCAAGCAAGCAAGAGUUCGCAGAGACUCUCCUUCCAUCCCUGUCUGUCCACGACGCGGGUGGCAGGCCUAGCUGCCAGCUCCGCGGCCAGAGUUGUUCGGAACCACCGUAUCGGCGUCACGCGGUUAACUGCUCUGCCUCCAUGGGCGCUCCGACGUUCGCGCUCGACGGUGCUGCCCGGCUCCUGGACCCCAGCGUGCCUCCGAGGGUAAGCAAGUACAGGAAACGAAAAAACCGCACCAAAUCGACGUGUUCGGGCGCGAUUCACGUCGCCGUCUCGCCACGGCGUGACGUCUCAUCGGGCGCAAAUGGCCACGUCGAAAUUUCCAUACGAGCUCCGCUUUUCCGCACCACCUUGCCGCGCCUUUGCCACACAUGACUUGACAAGUAUCCGAACCGAGCACUCGCCUCGGCUACGCCCACUACGCGCACCGCCCACGCCCCAGUCGGCGGGCCACGUCUGAAACCUACGCACCUAAGCAAACCCACUAAACAAACCCGUCGCAAGUCGCUUAAGCUUAUAAGACCGGGCGCGCAGCUAGCUACUGAGCACCCCCACCAAACCGCGCCAUCGGGUCAUCUCACUAACCAAACAAUUUGACUUGACACGAGCGUACGACACGCCGAGGAGAGGAGAGCGGCCAUGUCAGGGAUGAAGGUGAGCGACCCAGGGUCCGCGUGGUUCGGCGGCGGCGAGCGGAGCACGUCGGCCGUGCAGGGACACAACGUGCGGCUCAUCACCACCGCCGUCGCCGCGUUCGUGUCCGUGCUCGGCCUCGCCCUCUUCCUGCACCUCUACGUCUGCCAUGUCCGCCGCCGGAACCGCCGGCGAGAGGCGGCCAGCGCGGCCGUGCUGCCGACCACCGCGGCGGCGUCCCCGAAGGGCGGGCUGGAUCCCUCGGCCAUCGCGGCGCUGCCGAUCGCGGCGUACGGGAAGGAGGUGGGCGACGCAGGCGGCUGCACCGAGUGCACCAUCUGCCUCGGCGCCGUGCAGGAAGGGGACGCGGUGCGCGUGCUGCCCGCCUGCCGUCACGUGUUCCACGUCCCCUGCGUCGACACCUGGCUCGCGUCCAGCUCGUCUUGCCCUGUCUGCCGCGCUGCGGUGGAGCCGCCGCCGCCGGGCUCCGCGGCGUGCGUGAAGGAGAAGCUGCAGGACGCGGAGAAGGAGGAGGCGGGCAGCUCGGCGCCGGCGCGGGGGAUCGGUGCGUCGUUGAUGAAGAUGCUGAGCAGGGAGAGGUCCUUGCCGCGGAGGCCACUGCCACAGGGUGCCGACGUCGACACCGGGGAGUUGUACGACUUGGAACGGCAGCAGCAGCGACAGCACGCUGUGAAUAAUUAGUCUGCUUUAUAUCUUUUAAAACUUUUUUACCUUGCAAUUGUACAUACAGCACUUGCGUGAGUGAUUCAGUACUAAGAAAAGUGUGUGAGCUCUUAAUUGUUUUUACUGAAUGGAAGGGCUUGUUUGGAAA